AUGGCAGACACCGAACCUAACUCAGUGCUCGUCUCCAAGACGUCGGAGGGCAUUACAACAAUUACGAUCAAUCGCCCUCACCGGCGCAACGCGAUCGACGGUGCGACCGGUCGCAAGCUCACCGAUGCCUUCCUUGCUUUCGAGACAGACGACACGCAGAAAGUGUGCGUCUUCAAUGGCUCAAACGGCUCAUUCUGCGCGGGCUUUGACCUUCACGAAGUCGCAACUUACCACAACCCCUAUGGAAAAGAGUACAAGGGUCCCAUCAUCGACGAAUCCCAUCGCGUGGAUGGGCGAAAUAUCGGCCCCAUCGGUCCGUCGCGUAUGCAAAUCAAGAAGCCCGUCAUCAGCGCCGUGUCAGGUCAUGCGGUGGCGGGUGGGCUAGAACUCUCACUCCUCGGCGACAUGCGGGUUGCCGAAGAAGACGCCGUGUUCGGCGUGUUCUGCCGCCGAUUCGACGUGCCGCUUAUUGACGGCGGCACGGUCCGGUUGCAGGCCAUCGUGGGGCUGGGCCGGGCUCUGGAUAUGAUCCUCACCGGCAGAGCUGUAGGUGCGCAGGAAGCAAUGCAGAUGGGUCUUGCGAACCGAGUUGUCCCCAAGGGCAAGGCCUUAGAAGAGGCUACGAAGAUUGCAAGGCAGCUCUUGGCGUUCCCGCAGGCCUGCAUGAACACAGACCGGGCGAGUUGCUAUUACGCAGCGUACAAUGCCUCGUCGUUUGAAGAUGCCCUGAGCAGGGAAUUUGAUGCGGGGAUUAAGGUCAUUAGCUCGGAGAGCGUGAAAGGCGCGGCACGAUUUAGCAAGGGAGCUGGUCGACAUGGAAGUUUUGAGGAGUCAAAACUUUGA